AUGUCUCUCCAGUUUUCUCCACAGGCACCUUGGAGGAACAACAACAUCACCUCUCCAAACAGAGAGGCUGCUGUAUCAGAACAAGGAGAGACUAUUAUAGGCUCCUACCUAUUGGCUUUAGGAUGGCUGUCUUGGCUUGGAAACAGUGUUGUGAUUUUUGUUCUCUGUAAACAGAGAGCAGUCCUGCAACCCACGGAUUAUCUUACAUUUAACCUGGCUGUCUCAGAUGCUAGUAUUUCCUUGUUUGGUUAUUCUCGAGGGAUCAUUGAAAUCUUCAAUGUCUUCAGAGAUGAUGGAUUCAUUAUCACAUCAAUAUGGACCUGCCAAAUUGAUGGAUUCCUGACACUUCUUUUUGGCCUGGCUAGCAUUAACACUCUUACAGUGAUCAGUGUGACACGUUACAUAAAAGGCUGCCAUCCUGACAGAGGUAACUAUAUCAGCAACAGCAAUAUUACUGUGACACUUUUUCUCAUUUGGGUGGCAGCUUUCUUCUGGUCAGUGGCUCCGCUACUUGGAUGGGGAAGUUACAUAGAUCGCAUGUAUGGAACAUGUGAGAUAGACUGGGCAAAAGCCAGUUUCUCUACUAUCUACAAGUCCUACAUUGUGUCCAUUUUUAUCUGUUGUUUCUUCUUACCUGUGACCAUCAUGCUCUUCUCUUAUGUGUCCAUCAUCAACACUGUAAAGUCAAACCACACGCUGAGUGGAAUGACUGACCCAACAGACAGGCAGAGGCGACUAGAGCGAAAUGUCACUAGGAUUUCUAUUGUCAUUUGCACAGCCUUUAUCAUAGCCUGGUCACCAUACGCUGUUAUCUCCAUGUGGUCUGCCUGUGGCUAUCCUGUGCCCAAUCUCACAGGCAUCCUUGCCAGUCUUUUUGCUAAGUCUGCCAGCUUCUACAACCCCCUGAUCUACUUUGGCAUGAGCUCCAAGUUCCGGAAGGACAUUUUCACCUUGUUGGGCUGCGCCAAGGAAAUCAAGGACCCAGUGAAGCUCAAGCGCUUCAAAAACCUCAAGCAGAAGCAAGAGCUUUCUCAGAGACGAGAGAAAUAUGCUGCGGAUGUCCAGCCAGUCCCAAGUCCUGAUUCAGGGGUGGGGAGUCCAAGCCAGACCCCACCACUGGAAAACCGAGAAGCAAAUUUUAGUACCUUAGAUUCAACAUCUAAUAAUAACCCUGAUGUUGAAUGUGACAGGCUAUAA